AUGAGCGAUCUUGGACUUUUGAGCUAUUACUUGGGUAUUGAGGUACAACAAAGCAGUGAAUCAAUCACCUUAUGUCAGACCGGAUAUGCAAGAAAAAUCCUAGAGAAGCUAGGAAUGGGGGAGUGCAAUCCUUGUUCGAUUCCCAUGGAACCAAGAAUGAAGAUGAACAAACAUGGGAAUGGAGAACCUACGGUUGACAAAACACUUUACAGAAGUGUUAUUGGAAGCUUACGCUAUCUGGUUAAUACCCGGUCCGACAUAGCCUACUCAAUUGGUGUGAUGAGUAGAUACAUGGAGACACCAACAACUUCACAUCUCACAGCAGUAAAACAAAUAUUGAGGUAUGUGAAAGGUACUCUAAGUUUUGGUUGUGUUUAUAAGAAGCUAUCGAAUAUGGAGCUGGUAGGAUUUAGCGACAGUGAUAUGGCUGAGGAUAUUGAUGAUAGGAAGAGUACAACUGGAGUGUCGUACUAUUUGGGAGUAAAUCCAAUAACCUGGGUAUCACAGAAGCAGAAGGUGGUGGCUUUGUCGUCAUGCGAGGCUGAAUAUAUAGCCACAACUGUUGGAACGUGUCAAGGAGUAUGGUUGGACAGGAUUUUGAGUAACAUCAGUCAACUGCAAGUAAAACCCAAGCUUAAUGUUGACAACAAGUCAGCUAUAGCGUUGACGAAAAAUUCUGUUUACCAUGAUCGAAAUGAACAGUUGGCGGAUAUUCUGACAAAGCCAUUAGCAAUGUUGACUUCUGGCAAUUGA